GGAAGAGGAGAAGGCGCACGCAAGGACCAAAGACCUGCUCACCAAGGAAUCGGAGAAGCUGGACUUUGCGCUGGGAGAAGUGGAGGUUUUGUCCCGGCAGCUCAAGAGAGAAAAAGAGAUCUUUGAGAAAACCCUUGACAGCAUGAAGAGGAAAGCGCUUGAGGAACUGACACAAAAGGACAAGUUAAUAAACAAAUGUAAUGAAAUCAAAAGCCGCAUUGUGAAGCAGGAAGAUGUGCUGAAGGACAAGGAGAACGAGAUCCAGGCGCUGCAGCGCUGCGUCGCUCAGCAGAAACAGACGCUCGAGACCCAAGUGUCAGAGUUAAAGAUACAGAAGCAGCAAGAAUUGUACAUAGCACAAGUGCUGGAGAAGAAGCAGAGGAAAGGUUUCAAGUGAUUACACAAGAAGUUAACCUAAAUCUACAUAGCUUGAAAUACAUGCACCCGCUGUCAGGACGCCAGGGCCUGUAGCUGACAACGCAAGGACCUUUCCUUUCUCCCAGCAGUCCACAGCUGACUGUGCUGCAACAGCGUCGUACUCCAACAAGCUGUGCGGACCAGCCAGCUACGUACGCAUGCUGGAGGCACCCGUCCCUAGAGGUCUUCCCUCCAGCUGCGUCACGUCCAGUGAGACCUGAUCUUCAGUCACAGCACGUUCAUUCCCCCUGCGGCCGUGACUCCCCUGCGAGGCACUGAAGACAGAGGUCGAGUAUUUCACCUCUGACACUGUCCUGGACAGAGCCCGGCUGGCUGCAGGGCUUAGCACGCGCCACCAGGUCUAGUGGUGCCUGGGUCAAGCUUGCAAUAAGAACGGGUUUGCGCUAAGCGACAGGGCUGUUGCUUACAUCGGGGGUGUCAGCUGGGAGAGAAAAGCCCCCGCAGUCUCACAGCAGGGCUGCUUGUGCCGCGCUUUCCCUCACCACAGCAUCAAAGCCGGUCUGCUGCGUGGCAGAGCCUUGCCAAAGCUCUGCCCCCUCUGCGGGGAGUACAGGCCACGUAGACCAGACGCAGAUUGAUGGUUUUACCUUAUCCAGAGCAGCUUCUCCUUCGGCAGCCCCCCACAGCCUGGUUCCCUUGUACCUUCUCAGCAAUUUGCUCCCUUCCGCCCCUCCCUCGCCCUCAGUAGUGGUACCCCAGACCCGCUGAAGGUAUUCAGCUAAACGUGCACCCUCCUUGCACCCCACGGAGGCUGAAGGCCCUGUAGGACACCAGCUGUGCUGCCUGUCCCUGGGGUAAGGAAGCCCCGGUGCCUGCCCCUAUGACCCCUUUACCCCCCAGCAGCUCCACAAACAUCUGCAGGCCACUGAUUCAGCAGCAUCGACGACUCCACUGCCCCAAACGCAGGGGGAACGCAAACUUGGCAGCAGGUCUGCCCUCCUCCCCCCAGCUCUGCCGGAGACAGCGCCGCACACCCCACUGCUAUGACCCCUCCCAAGAGAGGGUCCCUCCACUCCAAGCAGUGCUCAGUGCCCCAAACACAGUUUGUCCUGCCAGGCGGGGUCUGGGCUGGCUUGGGACACUUUGCUGCCCGAGCUUUGUAGGAAAGCGUGGU